GGUCAAGAGUUUUUGUAUAAGAAUCAGUGUGGUCCGCGUGUAUAAUUUGGGGUUCUUUCUUCAUACAAAACAAAAAAAUAACUAUCAAACAAUCAAAUCAAAAACUAAAGAAAGGAAUCAAACAAACAACAGCUAUGAAGCUUUCGGUAUUCCUCCCAAUUUUUGCGGGAACACUAGUCGUCGCUCUUCCAACACAGGCUCUGACAACACGAGACAACAAACUUUGUGUUACACAAGGUCCUGGUACAUGUACCUUCGGUUGGCAAGAAUACACAAAUAACAAUGAAGGUUUUACCUCUGAGGCUAGAAUCUACGAUCAUAAAUGCAUCCAAAAAGGAGGUCUUAUAAGCUCAGAUAUUGACCAAUUUGUGACAGUUACAUCUGCCAACCCUCCUAUGACCGUUUCGAUCAAUGGAUGGGCUCAACCUCCGCAAUUGAUUACCCAAGCAAUCCCAAAGUUCAAGUAUAAUGGUAAGACCUGGGGCGGAGAAGACGGAUGUGCCUGCGGGGAAGGAGAUGGAACCAAUUUCUGGGGAUGUAGAUGUGGGUUCGACUGCCCUUAGGGUGAAGAAGUAUUACAUACAAAUACCACUUGGCUAUCUGAUAUUCAGCAAGAGGAAGAAAUGUAAUUAAAUCAAAUCUGUUCCGUAGACAGCACAAAUGAAAAUGGGCAUUCUUAUCAUAUUUGUGAAGUAAAUGAACGCAAGUGAUCUCAGUGUAAAUGGUACAAAUUCAACUAGAGCUACUAAUUGAAUGAAACCCCAAUCAAACAUGACUAGCAGUCGACAACCAUGUCAUAUGAGAGGUUGCAAGUUCCAAGUGACUACCCAUUAUGUUUCAGGAUUCAAGACGCCGGAUCUGGCUUCUACGAGAUAUAAAAGAUGGCAAAAAUGGAUUGAAAUGACA